GCACUCUCUGUAGUCCCUCUCUUGGGCCUUUGCGGGCCUCGACGUCCCCAGCGCCCAACUUUUCCAUCCUCCCACUCCCCUCCCCCCGAAACUCCAGCAACAAAGAAAAGUAGUCGGAGAAGGAGCGGCGACUCCGGGUCGCCGGCCCCUCCUCCCCUAGGAAGGCCGAAUACAGUCAUGGCCACCCAGGUAAUGGGGCAGUCUUCUGGAGGAGGAGGGCUGUUCACCAGCAGUGGCAAUAUUGGCAUGGCUUUGCCUAACGACAUGUAUGACUUGCAUGACCUCUCCAAAGCUGAACUGGCUGCGCCUCAGCUUAUCAUGUUGGCAAAUGUGGCCUUAACUGGGGAAGUAAAUGGCAGCUGCUGUGAUUACCUGGUUGGUGAAGAAAGACAGAUGGCAGAAUUGAUGCCUGUUGGAGAUAACAAUUUUUCAGAUAGUGAUGGAGAAGGACUUGAGGAGUCUGCUGAAAUAAAAGGUGAACCCAGUGGACUGGAAAACAUGGAACUGGAAAGUUUGGAACUGAGUGUUGUAGAACCACAGCCUGUGUUUGAGGUAUCAGCUGCCCCAGAAAUUUAUAGCUCAAAUAAAGAUCUUCCUCCUGAAACAUCAGGAGCAGAGGACAAAUGCAAGAACUUGAAGAGCAAACCCUUUCGCUGUAAACCAUGCCAGUAUGAAGCAGAAUCUGAAGAACAGUUUGUGCAUCACAUCAGAGUUCAUAGUGCCAAGAAAUUUUUUGUGGAAGAAAGUGCAGAGAAGCAAGCAAAAGCCAGAGAAUCUGGGUCUUCUACCACAGAAGAGGGAGAUUUCUCCAAGGGCCCCAUUCGCUGUGACCGCUGUGGCUACAAUACCAAUCGAUAUGAUCACUAUACUGCUCACCUGAAACACCACACCAGAGCUGGGGAUAAUGAGCGAGUUUACAAGUGCAUCAUUUGCACAUACACCACAGUAAGCGAAUAUCACUGGAGGAAACACUUGAGAAACCAUUUUCCAAGGAAAGUAUACACAUGUGGAAAAUGCAACUAUUUUUCAGACAGAAAAAAUAAUUACGUUCAACAUGUUCGAACUCAUACAGGAGAACGCCCAUAUAAAUGUGAACUUUGUCCUUACUCAAGUUCUCAGAAGACUCAUCUAACUAGACAUAUGCGUACUCAUUCAGGUGAGAAGCCAUUUAAAUGUGAUCAGUGCAGUUAUGUGGCCUCUAAUCAACAUGAAGUAACCCGCCAUGCAAGACAGGUUCAUAAUGGGCCUAAACCUCUUAACUGUCCACAUUGUGACUACAAAACAGCAGAUAGAAGUAACUUCAAAAAACAUGUAGAGCUACAUGUGAAUCCACGGCAGUUCAAUUGUCCUGUAUGCGACUAUGCAGCUUCUAAGAAGUGUAAUCUGCAGUAUCAUUUCAAAUCUAAGCAUCCUACUUGUCCUAAUAAAACAAUGGAUGUCUCAAAAGUGAAACUAAAGAAAACCAAAAAGCGAGAGGCUGACUUGCCUGAUAACAACAUUACCAAUGAGAAAACAGAAAUAGAACAGACAAAAAUAAAGGGGGAUGUGGCUGGAAAGAAGAAUGAAAAGUCUGUAAAAGUGGAGAAAAAAGAUAAUGUUUCAAAAGAGAAAAAGUCUUGUAGUAAUGCUUCAAUCCAAGUGACUACCAGAACUCGCAAAUCAGCAAUGGAAACUAAAGAAAUGGAUGUGCACACAGGAAAUAAUUCAGAAGCAACCUGUAAAACCAAGAAAGGCAAAAGGAAGAUGGAAGCUGAAGCCCAUCCCUUACAAGAUCCUGUUAACGAGGAGGAACCUGUGACAAAAAAGAAAAAGAAGGCAGAAAACAAAUCCAAAAAUAAUCAGGAAGUGCCAAAAGGUGACAACAAAGUAGAGGAGAAUAAAAAGCAAAAUACCUGCAUGAAAAAAAGUACAAAGAAGAAAACUCUGAAAAAUAAGUCAAGUAAAAAAAGCAGCAAGCCUGCUCAGAAGGAGGUUGCUCAGAAAGGGCCUGCUCAGACGGAGCCUUCUCCCAGGGGGCCUGCACAGACAGAGCCUUCUCCCAGGGGGCCUGCACAGACAGAGCCUUCUCCCAGGGGGCCUGCUCAGACGGAGCCUUCUCCCAGGGGGCCUGUGCAGAUGGAGCCUUCUCCCAGGGGGCCUGCUCACCGGGGGCCUGCUCAGACGGAGCCUUCUCCCAGGGGGCCUGCACAGACAGAGCCUUCUCCCAGGGGGCCUGCUCAGACGGAGCCUUCUCCAAGGGGGCCUGGGCAGACGGAGCCAUCUCCUGUCCCAGAGCCUGCUCAGACGGAUAUGGGUCAGAGGGAGCCGCCUCCUGCCACAGAGCCUGCUCCGACAGAGUCCCCUCCUUCUGUGGGGCCUGCUCAGAUGGAGGUAGUUCAGACGGAGCUUCCUCCCACAGAGCCUCCUCUUCACAUGGAACCAAUUCCCAAAAAGUCUCCUCGAAAAGAUAAUAAAAAGGAAAAGUCCCACACGCAGAGUGAAAUGGCACAGAAGGAGCAAGUCCUUAUUGAAGUUGGCUUAGUGCCUGUUAAAGAUAGCCAGCUUCUAAAGGAAAGUGUGGGUGCGAGAGAUCUCUUACCACCAUCAACACCACUGCCAAAGGAAAACUUAACAGAAGAGGAGUCAAAAGACCAAAAAUUAUUCACCGAAGACGAAGGAAAUAAAGAAGCCCCUCUUCAAAAAGAAGUAAAAGAGGCAGAUAAAAGUCUAGCUGGUGUUGCUGCUAUUAUCAAUGAAUCUGCUAAUAUUUCAUCCUCUGAACAAAACUUGAAUAUGCCAGAGGGUGAAACUUUAGAUGGUAAGUGUCAGGCUGGCGCAAUGCUUUGUGAAAUGGAAAUGGACACUGAUGAGAACAAAACAGAGAAUCCCCCUGGCAAAGACUCAGCAGUUGAAGAACAAAUGUCACCACUGCUGCUUCCCCUAGCAAUAGAAAACCAUGAAGCAGUGUCCAAAACUACUGCGACAUCACCUCCUGUCACCACGGCAGUAAAUGAGUCUCAGGAAAUGGAUGAAGACGAAGGCAUCCAUAGUCAUGAUGGAAGUGAUCUAAGUGACAACAUGUCAGAGGGUAGUGAUGAUUCUGGAUUGAAUGGGGCCCGGCCAGUUCCACAAGAAACCAGCAGGAAAAAUGCUAAGGAGGCCUUGGCAGGCAAAGUGGCUGAGGGAGAUUUUGUUUGUAUCUUCUGUGAUCGUUCUUUUCGAAAGGAAAAAGAUUAUAGCAAGCACCUCAAUCGCCAUUUGGUUAAUGUAUACUUCCUUGAAAAAGCAGCUAAAGGGCAGGAGUAAUUAAACGUAGGAUAAGGCUUCAGUUCUUAGUUUAUAAGAUCUAUUACAUUUAAUAUUCAUUUAUAGUUAUAGACAACGUUUUAUUUUUUAAAUUGCUUUAAUUAGUGUCCAAUGUUGAUUUUUAAGUGGCACUCUUUUCCUUAGGACUCUGUACACCUAUUGAUGGGUAAAUUUUAGCAUAUCCAAGGAAGUUAGUGUACUAAACCAGCAGACUCCUAAAUCUGUUAGUUUAUACAUUUAAUUGAAAUGAGAAGGCCAAGGUGGUAUUGUAGCAUUCCGUUGCUUUGUCUGGCUGUAAUUUGUCACUUUUCUCGCCAUGUCUGUCUUCUUGUUUCACUUUAGUGUUUUCUUAGUUCCUGGUUUAGCGCUGUAAAAAUUGGCAUACGUAAAUAGCAAAUUACUUGAAAAAUUUGCCUGCUUUAUAUAAAGUUAGCACUUUAAAAUUUUUUUAGAGAUGAGAAGAGACAUUUAAAUUGAAGAAAAAUUCUCCCAACAGUGGACAUUGUAUCAGUCCAGGUAUUUACUUCCUGAAUUUUGAUCAAUAUUUCUUAUUUGUGUGUGUUAAUUGUCAUAAAAACAAUGAUUUUGGUGUGUGUGGUUUUUUGGGUUUUUUGUUUUUGUUUUUGUUUUUUUUUUUUUGGUGCUUUAAUGGCUUAAGAUGUUGCACAUUGUUGUUUUUUUUUAACCUAUGCAGUUCAAUUUUUUUCUAGAAAUAGCAUUUGUGUUGAACAGUAACACUUUAUACAUAUAUAUGCAUGUUUAUUUUGUCCUCUUUGGAGGGAUGCUUUUAGUCUUGUUUGCAAAAGGGCAGUUUUCCUUUUCCUUUGCUGCAAUUGUCUUUUUUGCAGAAUAUGUGUGCAAAUUUGUGAGCAAAUGAAACAUGCAGGUUCAAUCCAUUGAUUUUGAAUUUCACAUCUUCUAUCUAUGCCAGAAUCUGUAUUUCACAUAAGUUAUUUAUUUUAAAUGGAUGUAGUGAAUUCACAGCUCUCAUUUUGACCUGUACAAGAAACAAACCACUAGGCUCUAUAUUGAACAGAUUUUUAUCUCAGAAACCAACCAUAAGUGAAAAUUUUUGGCUUGUUUUAGUAUAGCUACUUCCUAAAUGUUCAGUGUUAAGUCAUAUCUUUGAGGAAAACCUUUUUACAUAGAUGGUUGGUGUCCAUAUGGCUAGUUGGCUGAAUAAAGAACUGAAAGUGAUAUUUGGAAACUGCAAACCUGGAAUUAGGAGACAUAAUUACUCUUUCAAGUUAUACAGAAUAUCAGUUGUGAGAGUCCAAAGCCAUAGCAAUUACACAGGAAACCUAGGUGGAGAGAAGUAGUAUGAGUGCUGGGAGACCAGCUGCUACUUACUUCCUAUGAAUACAGUGCAAAAGGCAGGUGAAACUUAAGUACAGUCCAGAUUUUAAAAAUCACACUUUCUCAGGGAUCUCCACAAACUAGUGGGUGUCCUGGCUGUCUCUGACAGCCUCUUUCUACAGGUGAGGCCUCAAAUGAAUUGCAGCUAUCCUGGUGUUCCCAUGGGGGCACUUUGUAUGAAGAAAGAGUGUACUCCCAAACUUUUUUGGUAGGUUCUUUGGCCAGUUGCCAAAGAAUAUGAAAGAAUCCAACAUUGGAUUUUUCUUGCUGAUAGCAAUUAUUCAUUACAGUAAAAGUGUGAUCCCAAUAGGGAAUCUUGAACAGUGCUGAUCCUCCCAUGUUCUGUUCUGAAAUAACCACUUUCUAUGUCAUUUAUUUUCUUUUAUCUGAUGAUCUCUUUGAGGCAGGUUUCAGAGUUUGGCAAUGCAACAUGAAAGAUUAGGAAAAGCAUUGAUGAAGUGUGGGUGGAAAACUUGUUAAAAAUCUGAGUGAAGUUUGAGUUAAAAGACAUUUGAACUCGGAAUUGACUGGGAGGCCAAAGAUUUAAAGAAGAGAAGAUUCUCUCAAGACAUGAGGAGUAAGUUGUGUGUUAAUGGUGUGUGUUUUGUGUGCAUGAAUGGGAAUUUGUAAAUGAUGUUGAAUUCUAGGUGAAUUCAUGGCUCCGACAAUCAUUGUCAACAGAAGAUCAAGCUGCAAAUAUUUAUGUUUUAAAACUUAAAUUAUAAAGCUAGUUAAAUCUUUCUAACAACUAGUUUUAAUGUUCAUGGGUACAUUUUAUGUAAGUUACCUUUUACAUUAUAUAUGAAAAGACUCAUGUUAAGUACAGAUUGGAGAUUGGGAAUCAGUUUGGGGAAAGUUUUGUGGAUUCUUUCAUGCUACAAAAGAAAACAAUUAGACUUCUAGGGAAUUGGACUAAUUUUCUUACCUAGUUUUUAAGACUAGAAUGGUAAAAACAAAAAUAUGAAGGAAAUUAAAACCCCUUAUUAUUAAAUUGAUCUGUGAAAACAUUGUUACUGGAAAUUGAGUGGGACUUGAGGCCUUUCUUCCAGAAAACAAGGACUUGAUUGUCAGGCCUAUAUUAGGUUCUGAACUUUAAUGCCAUGUAUUUGUACUUGUUAAAAAUUGUUUCAAUGAAAAAUAUAUUAGUAAUAUGAACUUCUGGUCUAGUUGGGAGUUCUUCCAUUUGAAAAAUGUGAUAUUUGCAUGGAACUGUUUGAAUCUUUGUUUUCUCAGUUUCCCCUCCACUGGAUAGAAUUGAAACUAGAAUUUUCCCUUUUGUUAAAGGAAUAAAAAUGAACAUGUUAUUUGUAAAUUGAUGUUUAGUAACUAGAGAUAAACUUGAAAUGCUAGAAUACAUUAUAAGCCUAAUCCUAGGUAGUCUUAUGAAAAUGUAUCUCUUUUAUCUAUCUUUUGAACCUAUAUUCACAUUGGUCUUCAAGAUAUCUUAAGUUAUAUUUUUUCCUCUUUUCAGAGCUGCUUCUUUGGGGCUACUUUUUUAAAUUGAGGUGUAAUUCAUAAGGGGCUACAUUUCUGAUAAGGUUUCUUAUAACUAUGGUUGGAUGUUUUGCUCUAGUCUUCCAAGAAGGGCCAUUUUAUUUUUUAGAGUCACUUCUAAGGUCAUGUGGUCUUUAACUUUGGGGACUAUUUUACAUAUAAGUGCUAAUGCAGGUAAAUUUAAACCCAAGUAGACCUCAUCACAUGUCACCCCGUGAAUGUUGACAAUGGAAGGAAUACCGUGCCUGUAGUAUAAUAUCAGUUCUGGACUGAAAAGCUGGGGAAGAAACUUAAUUUUCUUUUUUGCAUAAAUCAGAAAAACAGCUAGUGUGCAGUUUCCUUGUUGACCUCAGCAGAUGAACUGAGCUGAUAGUGUUAAUUCAGAUUGAAGAAAUAUCUGAAUCUUGGUUUGUGUAGACUUACAAUCUACAUGCAAUAUUAACUAAAUCAGAUAGCUUUUACGUUUUCACGUGUGUGCAUAGGCUCUCCCCACCCUUUUCAACAUCCACUAGUUAAUUGAUCGUUUUAAACUGGCAUUGAAACAUUACAACAAUGUUUUGUUGCACCAAUUUUAUAAACUUUUACAGUGCAAUACGUGUUAUUUUUCCGAGACAAACCAAAGGUUAAUUUCUCAAGGUUCUUGCUGCCUGCUUUAGCAGCAUUUGAUGGGAGGAUCUUUUAUAUACAUUUAUGAUAGAUGAAAAAUAAACCAGAUUGCAAAUCUUUUUUUUUUUUUUUUUUUAAAUGCUUAAACCAUGUACCAAGUUUUUGGUCCAAAUUGUGUAGGAUAAGUUAAACUUAAAUUGCAUUCUAUUAACCAAUAUGAGUGUAUUUCUGUAAGCAUAGUUAUGUUGAAAUAAAGUUUUAAAAAGCAUUUUAUGCCUUUGUUUAUUAUUGGUACAUCAAGUAUUGAAGAACCAAAUUUGUUUUGCUGUAAUUGCAAGUAUAUUAAUUCCAAAACUAUCACGUCUGAUAGCCCGUGGUAGGUAGAAAGGUCAUGGCAGUCUGUUUGGGGUAACAAUCCAGUGGGUAGUAGUCCAAAGCAUAUCUUUCCUAAAUGGUGCUUUCUCAGAGAUGGUCAUCAGGAAGAAACAACCUAAAGACAAUUCAUAGUAGGUUUUACAAUAUCCUUUCUCAGUAGUAGCAGGCCUGGUGUUAGUACAUUUUGACUCAUAAUUAAAAAGAUGCAUUGAAGGGAAAAUAAGUUGAAUUACACUGAGUGUUGACAGCCAGGGUACCAUUUUAAGAAUUUUACUGUGUUUAGCGGAGCUCUGAGAAGAAAAUGAAACUCAAGGGAAAGUGAUAAGCCAUGUUCUUAAUAAGAGUCUGCUUUUUUUGUUAAUGGAAAAACAUGUGCUUUUAAUGUGUUUUUGUUGAGGUGGAAAAAAAGGGGGAGAGGGAGAUGGAGAAAACUGUGCAGAACAUCAAAACAACUGGAUUGCAUUCUGUCCUGAUACGGCAAGUGACCCGGAAUGUAUUGAGUCCUAAAGAAUGGGACAUUUCAUACUGAUGAGAGAUUCACCUUCUGACUUCUUUUGCAAGACUCCUAUCAGCAAAAAAGCAAAAUGAAUUUGCAAGAUUUAUUUUAUUGGCAUGGUAGAAUCAAGAACAAGGAGCAUGAAAGUUUGCCCGACCAAAGAUAUGUGGGGAAUUUAUCUUGAAUAUAAAUGCUAUUGAUGUCUGACUUGGUUUGUUA